AUGCUAAGUGAACCAAGCGAUGUUUAUGCGCGGAACACGGUGCCCAGCCUCACACACUGGCUGCGCCACUGCUAUGCCGCCGACUUGAACCAGCUCGAGAACCCAAUCCUGUGCAAGCAUUAUGCCAUGUAUGAUAUUUUAUGGCACCGGAGUGAUGACCGGACGUUGCCUCCUGUCUCCAUGGAUCCGGGAAGACGGAUGAUCGUGUCUGCGCUGCUUGUCGGAGGCGGGGACGUCGCGACGAGGGAGUCUGACACGAUCGAAGUGUACUAUGCGACGUUCAUAACGCACUCGAGUCGACUCACGCUGUGUUCGGCAAAUUUGGUUGCGAACUACAAGGGCCGGUCCAGAACGCAAUACCCGCACACAACGGUUCCGCUUUGA